ACAUUUAACUACAGUGUGCUCUGGCAGCUGGCCAGUUUGUGUGCAACUUUAAGUGACUAUACAUAUUUUCAUUUCUUUCAACAGACUAUAGAGUUACACAGUAAUUAAGAAAAAUUAUGAAUAAUUCUCUGUUCGCUUAUCAUUAUUAUUAUUAUUUAUAUGACAUUGAGAAUUAGAUAUAAUGCAAGCGUUAAAUCUUCAAGAGAAUUAGAUACAUACUCUAUAUUAAGAACCGACGAUACUUCGAUCCAGAAAUAGAUCUACAGGCUACACCUGUUCAGUCAUAACAUUUUACGAAGACAUUACGAGCCAAUUAGAAGAUCACAGCAAAUCCUUUAAAAUAGAAACAAUUAAAUUUAUCAAUUCUCCGUACGAUUUAUUCGUGGGAUUUAAUUUCAUCGUAAAACGAAACAUCUCAUUUAUUUCCUUGUCCAUUUAUCUUUCUGGAUAUAAUUAUCUAAAUUACCUAAUAUUUAUCUAUUACUCGUUUCGACAUCAAAGUAAUUAUCUCCAGCAUCAAUGACCGUACUUUAAUCCCACAACAAAAACAUCUCUCACGUCUUUCGAGUUCGACGACGGUCGAUUGUAGACUCUUGUUCGAAGGAAAAUCCGUAACCCAAGACGAGCGAUAAAACUGUGCUACAAAUAAAGAAAUAACAAAAAUAGAGUUGUCGGUACGUGGAUGCCGUGGCUGUCGAGGAGUGCAUGCCGGGGGUCCCCGGGAUUGCCUCCCUAGCCUUACAAGGCCCCGGGUGACUUACGCUUAUUUUGACGCUUCACCAACUAAAAUUAGAGCCCGCACUCUUUGGGAGUUUUGGGACGUGUAUGCAUACGUGCGUGCACCUGCAUGGGGUGGAGGUGCUCCAGUUUAGGAUGAUUUUAUCACACUCCGUCCCUCUUCACGAGACAGCCACGUGCUGAAAAUGCUAAUGCUAGAAAACGGAUAGCUUUACGAGCAAGCUCGACGAGUAAUUCGUAUGUAUUACGAAUCGUUGCUCUUUACCAGUUAAAUUAUUACCGUAUCGUAUGACUUGUCUUUGUAUGAGAUAGUGAAACAUGAAAAAUGACUGUGCAGCAUAAUUCUUCGAUCUAUUAUACGUGUAACGGAAUAGAUGCAGAAGGGAAGAAUUGAUAAUUUAUUUUUUCAAAGAUAGAGUCGUUAAUUACUUACUUUGGCUGAAACAAAACUUAAAAAUUUAUUAUCAAGCGUCAUAAAUAAGAUUUAUUAGAUAAGUUAACGAACAGUUUUAUUUUCUAGUUAUGUGAUAAUAUAGUUAUAAUGAUCGUGGUUUAAGUUAUAGAUAAAUUAUGUUCAUUGAGAACGGACGGAAAAUUAUUAGUUUCUCGAUGAUUAUAAUGAAAUUGUCUUGAUCUUCUAAACACAGUCAUCUUCUACGUUCUACAUAUUUAAGUACGCAUGUGUCACAACACUUGCAACGGCGCAUACAUAUGUUAACGUGGUUCUUUAUCAACAAAAAGCGAAAAACAAUUACUUUCGUAACCUCGAAUUCGAGACACAGUACCAGGUACGUUUUAUGAUCUAAAGACUUUAUUUCAAUACAAUUUAACAACAUAUCUUGUUUGUAUAAAGUAUGGUUUAUUUGUGAAAUAGUUACAGUGAUUAUUACUGUCAUGUGUAUCUUGUAUCCUAUUCUAUUAAAACGAGAAUAAUCAAGCGAUGACAAAGAUCGCCAUUCUUUCUAAAAUGUAAUCUAUGUCUCAUCGUAUAGUCACGAAAGAAAAUAAAAUGUUGAUAGAAAUUCAGAUGUAUUUAAGUAUAAAGGGAUUAAGUUAAUGAUCUGUGAUUAUUAAUGUAUCUGUGAAACGAGUUACGUUCGUUAAGGAAUUUUAUGAUCCAAUUCGAACGAGAAUAAAACAUGCCGAGGUUGCAAAAAACAUCAAUAUGUCAAUACAAGUAAUAUAGGAAUGUUUUAGAAAUAUAAGAUUUAUAUGAUAUUGGCACAAAAUGUAAUAUUAAAGGUAGUAUUCUUAUAUUAUGUUUACAAUGAAGGAAGUUAUACCAAUGAGCUGGUUGAACCAGAUAUUGUUGAUUUUAAGUAUAUUAGUUACAUUGUUAUGUAUAUUUAUACAAGAAUGGGCUGGUCUGAUACCAUUAUAUAUUUCUAUUUCAUGGGCUAUUUUUAUCAUAAUAUUAUCAGUGUGGCUCAGUUGUUUUUUAUUUCAAGUUGCAUUAAAAGCUAAUAGACCACUUAAUAUAAGGUUUGUUAAUAACUGGUUAUAUAACAAAUUUGUAAAUAAUUUGAAAUUACAAAUUGAUUCCAAAGAAAAAAGUGAAUGUAUUAGUAAAUAUGAGAAUGAAGUAAGAACAAAUAAAAACACAAACUCAACAGAAGCAUCUAAAGAAAAGCGAAAGGAAAAAGUAAUAAUUAGAUCUAGUGGAAAAGAUACUUCUAUAAAAAGAAAGAGAGCGAUAGAAAUAUAUAAUUUAGUAACAGAAAUAAAUUUAAAAUGCAUAAAGGUUUGGUAUAAAUCUAUCAGCGAUGAUAAAUCAUUCCCUAAUGAAGCACAAGAAUUGCUAAAAAAAUUACUGACCAAACUGUUUCAUAAGAUCAGUUUAAUAGACAAAAUAAAGCUUACUCAUAAGCUGUUUAAUGUGUUCUUAUUACAUUUAAAAGAAUAUCACAGAGCAUUACGACGAGUUGAGAAAGGAACAGCACCAAAUAUUGAGGAAGCAUUUAGAUAUUUACAUCCUGGUUCUCGUAAUAUGCCAGCGUUAGAACAUAUGCUUCAUCGAAUGGUUACUAUCCUAGCACAAGAAUUUUUACAAUGGGAGUUAACAAGUUCAUUACCAUGUAAACUGUUACUAUCUAUCUUAGCAAAAAGAUUAUUAAUAGUUGUUGAAACAGUAAGUUCUCCAAAUUGGUUAUUUCAAAAUUUAUCUGACUUUUUACUGCAACAAACACCAAAAAAUGUUGCCAAAGUUCAAAGUAAACAGGAAGAAAAUAUUUCACAUGUCCAAAAAGUUAUAUCCAAUGCUCUAGGAGAUGGUAUAACAUCUGCGACAGCAGCUGUGAUUCCACGAUCACUACCAAAACCAAAAUCUGAAUCAUCUACUAAAUCUUUAAUUAAGCAUGAGAAUACCUCAGUAUCUAUAAAUGAUAAGAGACCUACUUUACAUUUACAUAACUUAGGUACAGAACACAGAGGUCUAUGGGGUCAAAGUGUAGUAGAGAUAGAUGCUGACAUAGAAGGGGAUAAAAUAUCUCCUGUAUAUGAGGAACCUACAGAUUUUGCUACAACAAUUGCUAGACUUAGAAAUGUAUUACAGCAAAAGUCAACUGUGAAUACACCAUUACAUGUGGAAGAAAAAUCUUAUGUAGUAUAUGAAGGUAGUCAAUUUACAAAUUUGUCAAUUCCUUGGACAGAAUUUCAUACAGCUCUUGAUGGAUCACAACAAUUACUUUAUUGUAUUCAAUUUGAUGAUAUAGAACAACGGGGAGUUGAUCUAUUUGAAACUACAACUGCUACUGUUAGAAGACAAUACCGCGAUUUUGCUCAGUUACAUACUAGUCUACAAGAGAUUCCAGAAUUAGCACCUAUUAUGUCAAACUUGGUAUUACCAAAAGGUGGUCGUCUUGAAUUAGAGAAUUAUUUGAAAACUUUAACUACACGCUUGGCUAGUGAAUGCCCACCGCAAUUGCGGCAUUUUUUACGUCCAAGUAGUAACGCUAAUAAAAAAGCAGAUGUGGUUGCACCUCGAUUUGACAAAUUUUUAGUCAAAACAGUAAGUGGUGUUUUUAAUACUCUAAGAACAGUCGUUCCAGGUUUUGAAAUUGAACAAGAAGAAGAAAAUGUUCCGUUACCAACGUUAAUGCCUUUAGCUGAUAUUCCGUGGAGAUUCGUCGAGAAUAUUAAAUCGAAAAGUCUAGCAUCUGAACUUCAACAAUUAAUAACUGAAAGAACUGAAUAUUCUUGCGUGGAUUCUGCUUACGAAGCUGUUGAUUCAAUGGAGAGUGCUAAUGAUUCUGCAUUAUUAACUCAUUGGUGGGAAACUGUAAAAAGUUCUUAUGAAGAGGACCUUGAUGAUUUGGAUUCACAUCUAAUAUUAACAUGUGUUGCUGUCGAUCUUAUUUGUGAAUUAUUGGCAGGAGUUGGAAGUAAUAAUACCUUGCAGCAAGAGGCAGUUGUUCGAUGGGUAAAGCUACUCUUUGGAAAUGUUACUGAACCUAUAUUACAAACUGUUACUUUACAAAUUUUUGAUCAAUUGGGUAAUAUAUCACUUCAUAAUGUCCAAAAUAAACUUUCUGAGGAACCACUGGAACUAUUAAAAAAAAGACUGUUGCAAGAAUUAUUAGUUAAACUUCCAAAUGAUGUAAAAUUAGUAUUUGGCGAAGAUGACACGUUAAAUAUUUUAAAGUAUAUACUUGAUUCUUAUGAAAUAAAGAAGAUUAAUGUAGACUUAAACCUACAAAUAUUAGAUGUUCUAGCAUCACAGCUAUUAAGUACAUGUAGGUCAAAACAUAGUACAACUCUUUAAUAAUUUAAUUUUAUUUUAAUUCAAUAACAAAAGGUUGAUUCAAUUCCUUUUCUCAAUUUUAUUCAGCCAUUGAUCAAGUUACAUGUAUUAGAAGUUGCUAAUUACUGAAAUAUGUUUUAGUUGAAAGGAAUUGAUGUGCCAUAUGUAACUAAAUUUGUUGAUUUAAUAAUGUAGAAUUAUAUAAAAUUUUCAAAAACAGA